AUGACGGCUGAGAAUAAACCAGAGCGUUUGCCACAGGAUUUUUCUCCUCGAAUAGGCGGUGAUGGUAUUAACUGCGUGGAGUUUUUGCCGUCUACCGAGCAAAGCAUGUUUGCCAUCGGAACGUCUGGUGGACGCGUCCGAUAUUAUGAGGUGCUAGACGGGGACUGCAAGUGCGUUUAUCAAAAAAGAUGGCAUAAAACUGUCCGGUGCCUGGAAUUUAAUAAGUAUGCACCAAAUCAUCUAAUAUCUGCGUCCGCUGAGGGCGGCAUGAAGGUUCACGACGUUAAAACGGGACAGAGGGUUGCUUACUUUCGCCCAAUGGAGGAUACACCUCCCUAUUCUUGCUUGCUUUCUGUUGCCGACCAUCGAUGGGCUUCAGGUGAUGACGGCGGUUCAGUUAAGGUAUGGGACGACCGCCAAAAGGGCGGGCUUUGUUGUACAAUGAAACCAGAUGCUACCGAAGACAGUGAACUGAUGGCCAUCAACGAUAUUGCAAUGGGCUCGGAUGCGCAGAGUACACUCCUAGCGGCAGUGGACAACGGAUGCCUGGUUGCUUACAAUGACAACAGGAAAGUGCUGGUGGGGACUGAUGAGGGUGUUGUUCUCACCUACAACUGGAACGAGUUUGGCAGUAUUUGCGACCGCUUUCCUGUUCGUACCAGUCGUACGCGUCUAAGUAGCAGUACUCUGGCAAAGACUGUGGAAAGUGGCCUGCCUUCUGUGGAGAAAUUUGCGAAAAUCAGCGAAGAUAUUGUUAUUAUUGGAACUGACGAUGGUGCUCUGAGCCUACGCUUCUGGUCUCUGGAGGGCAUUGAGUCGGAGGCAGCUCGCGAACUCGAUGCUCUCAAGGUACCCCUGAAGCGACGCUCCUCCCCUGCUCUGACCUCAACAAAGGCUUCCAAGUCCCGGGCCACAUCGCGGGGCAUGGAUCGGAAG